UUUGAAUGAAGUGGUAUACAUGUUCCUCUGCGUGUGUGUCAGGCUGUACUGCCUGAAGAUCUACGGCCUCUCGUCUCUCUGGAGGCUCUUCAGGGGGAAGAAGUGGAACGUCCUGCGGCAGAGGGUGGACUCCUGCUCCUACGACCUGGACCAGCUCUUCAUUGGGACCCUGCUGUUCACCGUGCUGCUGUUCCUGCUGCCCACCACAGCGCUCUACUACCUGGUCUUCACUCUGUUGCGGCUGGUGGUGGUGCUGUUCCAGGGCGUGCUCCACCUCAGUGUGGACUUCAUCAACUCCUUCCCUCUGUUCGCUGUGGCGCUCCGCAUCACGCGCUCCUACAGACUAGCGGAGGGUGUAAAGUUCAAGGUGCUGUGUGAAGAGCCUGGGACGGCCCUGCACCUGCUGAUGGAGAUUAACCCUCUGAAGAGCAGCACGGUGGUUCAGUUGUACCGCACGCCGACGUACAGCUGUUACCCCAAAGACUCGUGGGCGGCCCUGGCCAAGAAACUGUUUGUUGGGGAGCUGAUUUAUCCCUGGAGACAUAAAACCACCAAAACCGACUGAGGGGAUGAGGGAACAACAGAAAGGGAAGUGACUGAUUACAUAAUGAGAUGGAAGGAAAGAGGGGGAAAGGUGAAACAAGAUGGAAAGGUAAAAAUAAAUGUGAGUUGUGCUGCUUUCAUGUUAAAUUGGAAGAAAGUUACAGAAAGUGUGUGUUAGCAAGAAACUGCCAGUUCAGCACACUUGGUCAGGUUGAAGAAGAAGAAGAAGAAGAAGAAGAAGAAAAAUGUUUCUGAGCACAGAGAACAAGGCGGUGUAAGCCAUCAAACUUAAAAACCAGCAAGUAGUCACGUCCUGCUGCUGUAAGAACUGUGAUCAUAAGAUGACUUUCACUACACGGGGAAAAUACUUUUAUUUUCCAUCAUUUUAGGAUUUGAUUUAGGGUCAGCUGUUUUCUUUUGUCGUAGAGGCCAUCAAUUAGUAAUAAUAUGAGUAUUUAAACCCCUGUAUUAAAUGUAUAAGCAUAAUGUUUCCCACAAAGAAAAACGCCACUAAAGGACCAAAGCUAUUUGUGUGGUGUGGUUUAAGUGUGCGACAGAAAGAUGAAUUACUAAUCCUUAGAUAAGACUUAAUAGAAAAAAAACUAAUUAGAAAAAAACAUGCAGAUGACAGUACAUUGCUUGGCUUUUGUGCUGGUGAACCUGCUUCUUAAAUGUAAUGUCCAUUUCAAGUGCCAUAAGCAAAUAACCCAUAGUGAUGCACCACUCACUAUCACACACAUGAAGUACAAGCUGUUUUUCCCACUCCAUGGUCUUUCCUGUAAAACCUACCUAGUUUAAAGUUGUUUUGCAGAGGGAACCAGGACAAAAAUAAAACCCUCCCUACAACACUCCUUAGUCAUGAAAUACCAGAAUGUAAACAUUUGAGUUGUUGUACCCAUGAUUUUUACUCCAGCACCAGCCUCUAAGCACCAUUGAAGCUUUUGGAGUAAGUAAAGUGAGACUGACUUUUAUUGAACUGCAACGAAUGGACAUCGCUUACUCUAAUGAGAUAUUACCAACACAUGUCGCAACAGUAACUCAAGUAAAAAAAGAG